CAACUCAUUUUACAACGAACCCAUCUUCUUCCGAUUUCCAUGGCUCUACAAGCUCUCAACUCUCCAACAUCCUCUCCCUUUGACUCCCAUGUUCAUUGCCUCCACUCUUUCACCAAGGGCAAGCGUUCCAAACGACCACGUCUCGACCAGGACGACGAAUACCUCGCUCUCUGCCUCCUCAUGCUCGCACGCGGCGCUACCGACAACUCCUCCACCCUACACCCACCGCCGGAGGAAAAAGUUGGUUUCAACUGCAGGGUUUGCAACAAAUCCUUUCCCUCCUAUCAGGCUUUGGGUGGCCACAAAGCCAGCCACCGUAAACUGAUGGCCGCCAGCGAGGACUGUUCAACCUCUUCCACAUCGUCGAACCCCAGCGGUAGAUCCCACGAGUGUUCCAUCUGCCACAGAAGCUUCCCUAGCGGACAGGCCUUGGGUGGGCAUAAGCGACUUCACUAUGAAGGCGGCAAAGCUAACAGCGGGACAACAUCUGAGAAACAAGGCUCCAGCACUAGUACCACCAGCCAGAGGGGCUUCGACCUGAACCUGCCGCCUCUGCCGGAAUUCUCGAGGCCCAACUUCUUUGUUUCCGGCGGAGAUGAUGAAGUGGAAAGCCCACACCCUUUGAAGAAGCCACGCCUCGUGAUACGGAUUCCACUCAAAAUUAAAGUCAACUAAACAAAUACCGUGGUCCUUUUAGGAAUCUAGAGUCUUCUUGAUUUGUUGGAACAAUAUUCUUUCCCCUGUAUAUAGCAUUUGAAGAAUUCCCCACUCUCUCAACAGCUAUUGUUCAAUUAGUUUUGUUUUAAUUCAGAUAUUCAUUCAUAGUUUCCAGCUAAUUGGGAAUCUUCAUAUAAUCAAGUUUGUUA